AUGCGGGCUGUUAGAAAUUUGAUGAAAGCAAGUUAUGGGAGACCGUUUUUAUGGGGCAAUGUACAACCUUUAGUCAAACCGGAGUGUCACCACAGCCUUUCGUGUAUGGUCCGUAAGGUGAAAAAGGAAGGUCUCAAUAAAGAUCGAAAGUUCUUCUGCUGUCCAAAUGACAAGGAAUCUUCGUGCGGGUACUUUGAUUGGGUGCCUGAGGAGCCUCGUCAAGAUGUUAGUUUUGUGGAACCCAAUUCAAGUAAACCACCCGAAAAGCACGAGGAACAUUACCUGACAAACAAAUUCAUAAACGAUUUUGCUAAUAGUUUGAACAUUUAA